AUUCGCUGUUUGCACAUUUAGUCCAGUAUGGAUAACACAAACAAAGAAAAAUCGGCUGUCUUGAUCAACGGUGAUGCGUUGUCCCACGAUGAGAUCAAAUCCCCAUUCCUUAUUGGAGUGGCCGGCGGCACAGCCAGCGGUAAAUCAACUGUAUGCAAGAAAAUAAUGGAACAACUUGGCCAGGCCGAGAUGGAUCAUACGCAGCGGCAAGUGGUGUCCAUUAGUCAGGACAGUUUCUAUCGUGAACUCACGCCAGCCGAAAAGAUAAAAGCGCAAAAGGGCAAAUUUAACUUUGAUCAUCCGGAUGCCUUUAACGAGGAGCUCAUGUACGAGACGUUGCAACUCAUUCUGAAAGGUCACAAAGUCAAGAUCCCCAGCUACGAUUACCGCACCAAUUCGCUUGACUUUGAUAACAAGCUGGUCAUCUAUCCUGCGGACGUAGUACUCUUUGAAGGCAUCUUGGUAUUUUAUUUUCCCAAAAUACGUGAUCUAUUUCAUAUGAAGCUUUUCGUGGAUACUGAUUCCGAUACGCGGCUAGCACGACGAGUGCCACGUGACAUCAAUGAGCGUGGCAGAGAUCUGGACGCUGUGCUCACCCAGUACAUGACGUUUGUGAAGCCCGCCUUCGAGGAAUUUUGCUCGCCGACUAAGAAAUUUGCUGACGUGAUAAUUCCACGAGGAGCGGACAAUACAGUGGCCAUCGAUUUGAUUGUGCAGCACAUCCGAGACUUCCUCAACAAUCGAUCAUAUCCCGGCUCAACGAGCAAUAUGGCUUUGUAUAUGAACAUGGAGCUCUGCGGGAAUAGUGGCGAUGGCGCCAUGGGCGCAGAUGCGGCUGGUGGCAAUGACAUCGCCAGUGAUAACGGCAACGGCACCUACAAUGCCAUCAGACGUUUCUCGACGCUUUGCAAGGAGCUGACCAUGAAGGGCAACGUCUUCUUCGAGACUAACAAGAAUCUCCCACAUCAUUGAACGCGUAGUAAUUGUUAUGCUAUUG